UCUGCCCCUAAUAGUGUGUGUGUGUGUGUCCGUUCGUGUGUUUCCAGGGCGAGCACUGACCCACGGAGUGAAAUGUCUGGUGAGGCUUGGCCUCCGAGGUGAGAAGAGAGGAGUGCAGCACGGCAGUUUUGAAGGUCUCUGUGGGUGGAGACACGAGCACCCUUCCUCCUGCGAACUGAUCAGACACCCGUCAGUUUCUGGCCCCGAUCGGUAGCACUAUAGUGGGUGCGUGAGAUUGUGUCUUGGGUCAUCACGACCGGUCGGCAAAGAAGCAGGGCAGCCGGCGCAGCGCCCAGAAAGCGAGUAAGUGUUGCUGGAUGUACUGACCAGCUGUGGCCAUGAUGGCUGAUGAAGGUGUUCCUGGUGACUUUGUGGUGGAAGAAGGGCAGAUCCCAGUGGAUAUUGACAACAUACAUCUGCUUCUACAAGUGGAGCAUGAGCAAGUUCAGAAGAGGACUUUCACCAACUGGAUAAAUGCACAGCUUGCCAAGCACAAGACUCCGACGGUGGUGUUAGACCUGUUCAGUGACAUCAGAAAUGGAAACCGACUUUUGGAUCUGCUGGAAGUGCUUUCUGGAGAGUCACUGAAACACGAGAAAGGCCAGGGCAUUUUUAAGUGGAGAAGCAACAUUGAAACUGCUCUCAAUUUUUUGAAAAGGAAAUCGAUUAAACUGGUCAACAUAAAUGUUCCUGAUAUAAUUGAGGGGAAGCCAUGCAUUGUUUUGGGGCUGAUAUGGACCAUCAUUUUGCAUUUUCAUAUUGAAGAACUUGCCAACACUUUGACCUUUAGCUCCCACCAGUCUUCACUGGAGUCCCUGGUCAGCGUGGAGUCCUGCUCUACAACGGACAGUUCGUCUUCCAAGAGAGGAGCUCCCAUGCACAAGAAAUUCAAGAUGUCAGCCAAAAAGGCCCUGUUACAUUGGGCAAAGGAGCAUUGUGCCAGGGUGGACUCAGAUGUUACUGUAACAGAUUUCAAGGCUUCCUGGAGGAGUGGACAUGCAUUUCUAGCCAUUCUGCAUUCUCUAAGGCCUGACUUGAUUGACCUACAAAAAAUGAGAAGCAGAACAAACCUGGAAAAUUUAGAAGAGGCGUUCAGAAUCGCCGACAAUGAAUUGAGAAUACCAAGGCUUCUGGAACCUGAAGAUGUUGAUAUUAAUAACCCUGAUGAGAAAUCCAUCAUGACAUAUGUGGCACAGUUCCUGCAGUACUCCAGAGACCUGCCGCCGUCAGAAGAAGAAAUGCAGACUUAUGUUACGCCUUCUCCAUCUGCUUCUCUGUCAGCUUCUUCUCGCCUUGUGAGAUCUCUUUCUCCUUAUAAACCACCAAAGGCCAGUCUGGCUCAGAACAUUAAAGAUGUCAUCUUGUGGGUCCAGUGUGCUGAGAGACAGUUGACGGACGCCUUCAUGGCUGCCCAGAGCCACAGCUACGCUGAUCAGUUCUGUGUCUUCCAGACGAUUGUCACUUCGUUUCACGACCAGAAAAGGUCUGUCAUGCCUUUCCUUUCAGCACUUAAACGAGCCGCACAGAUGACCCCUGAUCAGGUGGAGCUGAGGCUGGCCUGGAAUCGGCUGCUGUCCAAGAUCGGAGAGUACAAGGCCGUGUUGGACCAUGGCCUGCCCCCACCACUGGAUGGUGUUGGCGCCUGGCUGCAAAACAUCGAGCCCAUCCUAGAAGAGGUGAUCACCAACCCAGAGGAUCCAGAAGCAGCAGUAGUGAUGAUGCGGGAGAAGCGGCACCAUCUUAAGCAAUUAAUGGAAGAGGCUGAUAGCCAGAUGGAAGUUCUGCGUGAUUUUUUAAAAGUGGAUAAAGCUGGUGCUGAUCAAGUACCCCCACAGAAAACUGAAGAUAUUAAGAAAAGGGUGAUGAACGCCAGGAUCAAUGCCAAGUACCUGGGGAUCAAGUUAGAGUAUCUGGAAAGCAAACACUCCACCCUGGCUCUGCUCCAUCGUCUGAACUGCAAAGUCCAGCAGUGGAAGGGAAAAUACGGCUCCCAAGAAUCAGUCAGACGGCUGCUCCGCGACUGGCACGGUGUUAUAGAAGAGCAGAGCCUGAUUAUGCAUCUGCAUGCCGCUGUCGAGCAGCUCAAGUCAAUUGGCAGCAGUUACACAAAUCGCAGUGCUUUAGCUAACGACUCUGCACAUAUCCAGAAGUUCCUGGCACAGCUUGAUUCAGAGUGCUUGGAAACAGUGGAGUCAGCACAAAGCGUGAAAAGCUUGUUGGAACGAGUCGUCAGAAGCUGGGACGUUUACAUGGAAACAUUUCAGUCACUUCAGUCAUGGCUGGAGAGGCACCCAGAACAGGCCACUUUGGAAGAAAGUCUGACAGAAUGGGAAGCUCUGCAUGCCCAGGUCAACGAGGUUGGUAACUUUUUAAUCGAAGUCAGCGAUGAGGAAACGAUGGCCCGCGUCUCCAAGGAGCUGAGCAGAUUAAACCGGCAGUGGUGUGACGUCAUGAAGAACACUCGAUUUGAAAAUGUUUCAUCACCCUCUCGAAGUCCAUCCAUGUCUGAAAAAAUCACCAUUCCUCAUAAAAUGGAAGAGUCCUCAAUGCUCCUCUGGGAAGAUUUAGAUGUCUCCAGCAGUGCUCAGACUGCCUUUGCAGGUGGAGCACAGGCUGGAGCUGUGUGUUCAGACACAGUUAAUAUUUGCCAGGAAGUGAUGGAAGAAUCUAUCAAGAAGAGGGCAGCAGGAAGUGAGGUGCAGCCAUGCAUUGUAGCUUCACAGGAAAGUACAGCUGAUCAGAAGACGCCAGACUGCGCAUCAGAGGAGGGCAUCAAAAGGCAGUUUGAAAAUUCCAAGGAGAAGCUACAGAGCUACCUGAGCAAAGUGCUUGACCUCUUGCAGGAGCAGCAGGGCUCAGAGGAGAGUGUGAGCAGAUAUGAGGAAACUCUGCAGAAGUGUGACCCAAAAAUAUUGGAGGAGUUUCUGGAAGCUGCAGAGCAGAUGAAAACCACCAUUGAAGAGUCUUUCCAUGAUGUUCGAGUGAAGUGGCAGGCUGCUCAUUCAGAGAUCCCACUCUACCUGAAACAGUUGAAAUUUGAGACUCGGAGAGGGAAGUUUCAAGAUGUCGCCACAGAGUGCGAGCUGCAGCUUAAAAAGGAGCUGGAACAGAUAGACUCAGUCGCCUCAGCAGUUCUCAUCGAGGAGCAUCAGGCUUGGUUUUCUCCAGAAGGGAAAUUUGGCUGUGCAGAGCAGCACUUAACAGUCAUGAAGGAGGUGUGCGACAUGCUGACCUGUGAGAAAACCAACAAUCUCAUGAGUGCACAGCUCACCAAGUGUGAAGAGAGGAAGACUGACAUUCAAAACCAAGCAGCGAGAGUCUGGGAGCUCCUGCAUCGAUCUUCUGUGGAGAGGCAGUCUCCAGGAGGGGGAGAAGUGGAGCAGGACAGCUGUGUCCGAGUGUCAUUUGUUGAGCUGCCCAUCACAGUUUCAACUGGUCAGGUAACUGUGACUGCACAGAACCUUCCAGUUGUGCAAAGAGCCAUGAAAGAGAAUGUUGAGGAAGGUGGCGAAGAAGAAGACCUUUCAGAGGUGGACCUCAUCCAAAGGUAUGGUGAUGAAAAGAAGAAACUUAACGUACAGUUCAUCAAGAACAAGCAACUCCUCAGCACCGGAUUUCCAGACAUUGCAGAAGACCUGUUCUCUCUACAGUCACGUCAUCUGGAGCUGGAGGCUGCCCUGCAGGUUACUGAGUCUAUCCACUCCAAACUUGUGGUCUGCUCCUCCAAGGGGAUGAAAGUUUCAAAACAAAAGGACAAAUCGCGAGUGAAGAGAAUUGUAGGAAGACUGAGUGAAGAGUGGAAGGAGCAGAAGGGGCAGCUACAAGAGCGGAUGAAAUCUAUUGAGUUGUCUUUGGGAAUAAUCACUCCAUUGGACAACGAAGUGUCCAUACUCUCAACAACAGUGGAAGAGUUCCGAGCCAUGCCGAGGAUUGUCCAUGGUGUCACUAUAAGGGAUGCAGAGGAGCUUCCAAUGAUACUUAAGAACUUUUAUGCUGUCAUCAACAAGCACCUUGUCACUUGUGAAGCUUUGGCCAAUCAGCAACACCCUGAUCUUGAGGCACUAAAUCCUAAGGAUAUCGACUUUAUCCAGGCUUUUGCUUUGAAGUAUAAGUUCAAGCUACAACAGCUGGGUGGUCAACUGCACCACAGUGAGGAGGCCCUGGAGAAGCUGCAAGACUUUCUAUUGUCUGUCCAAGGUGCAGAAAGUGAGCUGGCCGCGUUAGAGACUGCAUCAUCAUUGGAGGGUCUUGAAAAGUUGAAGAUGAUUCAACAGAAGCUGGAAGUCCUCAGCAGCAAAGCAGAGGAGGUCAAUUGUUUAGUAAAGACAGCCGGCUUGUGCUUGAAGGAUGAGAGCUCUGGCCAGGACUUUAAUUGCAGUGAAUUGGUUGACUCAGUUAUGCCUAAAAUUGGGCACACAGACACAUCACUUAUCCAGCACAGAGAAGCACUCCACCAGGCGGAGGAGGAGGAAGAGGAGAAAGCCAUAAGAUCCUUCUGUCUGAAGAAGGAGGAACUCAUUUCAAGUCUCCAGGAGAUACAAGAUGAGGUUGACAGUACAGGUCUGGAGGAUGCCACCCAGCUUGGAGUUCAAUUCAGACGUUUUGUGCUUGCACAUCCUACCACUCAUCAGAACCUUCCAGUUGUACAAAGAGCCAUGAAAGAAAAUUUUGAGGAAGGUGGCCAAGAACAUAAAGAAGAAGAAGAAGAAGACCUUUCAGAGGUGGACCUCAUCCAAAGGUAUGGUGAUGAAAAGAAGAAACUUAACACACAGUUCAUUAAGAACAAGCAACUCCUCAGCACCGGAUUUCCAGACAUUGCAGAAGACCUGUUCUCUCUACAGUCACGUCAUCUGGAGCUGGAGGCUGCCCUGCAGGUUACUGAGUCUAUCCACUCCAAACUUGUGGUCUGCUCCUCCAAGGGGAUGAAAGUUUCAAAACAAAAGGACAAAUCGCGAGUGAAGAGAAUUGUAGGAAGACUGAGUGAAGAGUGGAAGGAGCAGAAGGGGCAGCUACAAGAGCGGAUGAAAUCUAUUGAGUUGUCUUUGGGAAUACUCACUCCGUUGGACAACGAGGUGUCCAUACUCUCAACAACAGUGGAAGAGUUCCGAGCCAUGCCGAGGAUUGUCCAUGGUGUCACCAUGAGGGACGCAGAGGAGCUUCCAAGAAUACUUAAGAACUUUUAUGCUGUCAUCAACAAGCACCUUGUCACUUGUGAAGUUUUGGCCAAUCAGCAACACUCUGAUCUUGAGGCACUAAAUCCUAAGGAUAUCGACUUUAUCCAGGCUUUUGCUUUGAAGUAUAAGUUCAAGCUACAACAGCUGGGUGGUCAACUGCACCACAGUGAGGAGGCCCUGGAGAAGCUACAAGACUUUCUAUUGUCUGUCCAAGGUGCAGAAAGUGAGCUGGCCGCGUUAGAGACUGCAUCGUCAUUGGAGGGUCUUGAAAAGUUGAAGAUGCUUCAACAGAAGCUGGAAGUCCUCAGCAGGAAAGCAGAGGAGGUCAAUUGUUUAGUAAAGACAGCCAGCUUGUGCUUGAAGGAUGAGAGCUCUGGCCAGGACUUUAAUUGCAGUGAAUUGGUUGACUCAGUUAUGCCUAAAAUUGGGCACACAGACACAUCACUUAUCCAGCACAGAGAAGCACUCCACCAGGCGGAGGAGGAGGAAGAGGAGAAAGCCAUAAGAUCCUUCUGUCUGAAGAAGGAGGAACUCAUUUCAAGUCUCCAGGAGAUACAAGAUGAGGUUGACAGUACAGGUCUGGAGGAUGCCACCCAGCUUGCAGUUCAAUUCAGGUUGAGGUGCCUGAAGAAACUUGAGGAAAGACUGAGGCCAUGCAGAAAAGAAAUUGAUCACCUUACUCAGCUAGCAAAUCAGCUCCCAGCUGCACUGAAGAAAGAGCCAAUCAGACAACUUGAGGACCUGGAGGCUAUAUGGGAGGAAAUGCAGAGAACACUAAGUGACCGACAGGAACAAUCUGACAUGCUACUGACGCUGGUGAAGAGAUUCCAGAACUUCUGUGGCAGUCUGUCCAGUGAUCUACAGAGAGCAGAGUGUUCCAUUUCUGAGCGUUCUUCCUACAUGAGCAAGGAGAAUCUGCAGAAAUUGAUAGACAAGGUUGAGAACUCCAAGGUGGACUUGGCAGGCUGCUUAGAGACAACAUCUGAAAUGCAGAGCCUCUCCAGACAAAUCCAGGCUCUGCUGAGAAAGAUUCCCAACUACAAAGAGCUGCGCUUUGAGGCCGAGGAGCACGCUUUAGUGGAUCACUGUUUGGAUGUGACUGAGAAGGCCGACGCAUACCUGGAUGAUCUGAGACGUGCCAUGGGCUGGUGGGAGGCACUGCUGGCUCUGUCUGUGGACAUUGAGGGCUGGACAGACUCCAAGUUGGUGCAGAUUGCAGAACAUCCCUAUUUUGAUUUUGAACAGGACAUUAUAGCCCUACAGGAUGAAAUACACACUCAGGAGAAGAACAUAGAACACUUUCAUCAAAAAAGCGCAGACAUCCAAAAACUACUCCAAAGUGCAGAGCCUUCCUUGGAGCUCCAGGUGAUUGAAACUCAGUUGAGGAAGAAGAUGGCCGAGGUAAUGGAAUUGUUCAAGGGCAGCAAAGAGGUGUUUGAGCAAACUACGGCACUGAGGGACACCCUUGAAGACAAAGCCUAUCAGCUGAAAUCCAGUGUGCGUGACUUGGAAGCAGCUCUAUUUGACCUCCCAGUGUCGGACCAUCUUGGAGUAUUUGAAGCCUUAAAGGGCAUAGACGAGACCCUCUUGCAACAGGACUCUCAGUGUCAGUGCCUUCUGGAGGAGCUUCACUCAGUCGCCUGCAUUGCCAGCGCUAACUUAAGCCAGCUAAACCAGGAAGUACUGAAUCAGAGGAACCACAUUGAGGUUCUCCAGAAUGCUGUGCUUCAAAAGAGACAUCUUGCUGAGCAAAGUUUCCUUGAGGUGUUAAAUGAUGAAAUGAAAAUAUAUGAAGAUUGGAUGCAGGAUUUGCAGCUCUCUGUCAAUGAGUGCUUUGAAAUUCCUGAAGGAAGAGCAUACAUUGAGGCCCAUCUCCAUAAGUUACAGGGUUUCCUUGCUUCUGAAGAAGCAACCAUGAAAAUGCAUCUCUUCGAAACACAUUUUAAGAGGGUUCGAGAAUAUCUGCCAGAGUCAUAUGUGUGCCACAUCAGUUGCUGGAUGGAGGACCAGAACACAGAACUGAACACUUUUAAGUCUCACUGCCAACUUAAGCAAGCCAGCCUAGAGGAGAGUCUGAGGACGGUGGAAAAGCUUGUUGAGUGUAACAGUCUUCUGGGUAGAUGGCUUGAUUCAGUGGAGAAGACGAUGCCUCCAGUGAUGGAGCUCCCUGCCUUUCAGCUGGAGAUAGAAAGUAAAAGGAAGGCUUUUGAUGACCUGACUGGCCAUGUUGACUCUUUGAAGAUGCAGGGUCUCACCACUGAGCUGGCUGUGCAGGAGUCCUUAGAGCUGAUCAGACGAUUUCACUCCUUAUGGGAAAGAGCAAGCAAGGAACUGGAAGGACUCAAACCUGCUUCAUCUACAUGUGAGCAAGGAGUUAUGAGCAGCCAGGAGACCCCAGCAAGCACAGCAGAAGAGGCAAUGAAAGAAAAACCCUGUGAAGAUAUUAGUCAGCAGCAAAUCCAUGAGAACCUGAGUGAAAUUGACGGACUGAAACGAAGCAAAGAAGAACCAGGCAGUCACUCUGAUAAAGCUGGGCUUCCCUGCCAUCCAGAAGUCAAAGAACAGGUCAUCACAAAACUAACGCAGGUCUCACAGCAGAAAGCUGAGCUCCCCCAGAAGUUUCAGUGGCCAGAAGCUGCAGACAAGCAGGCUGCUCUGGACAAGUGUCAGACAUUAUCGGAGGAAGCCAAGAACCUGCUGGGGUCAAUGGAUACACUAAAGCAACAGCUAGAAGACGAAUCUGCCUCUGACAAAGAUUCUGCUAAAAAUGUGGACAUGUCGUAUGAGGAUCUCCUUAGACAUUUACAGGCAACAGCUGAGGAUCUGGAGGGAAGUCUUAGUCAACACCAAGGUUUCUUUGAGCUGCUGACCGACUCUAAAGCCACUCAGCUGUCCCUCCACGAAGAGAUUCAAUCUCUGCAAGUCACCCUGAGCAGCAAGAGAGCAGUGGAGGAGGCCCUGGAGAGGCUCAAGGGUAUCCUAGAGUCGGCACCCCAUGAAGUAGAAACACUCACUCAGCUAAGCACCCUGGGGGAUUCGCUGAAACUUCGCCUGACGUCCUCCGGCUGUGUGGCUCUUACCCAGGAACUUGAAAAUCUACAUGCUCAGAACCAAGACACCCAAAACAGGCUCAUGGAGUUGAGGGAGCGUUAUGAAGAUUUGUGCUUCCAGCUGCCCACUUCUGAAAGCCCUGGUCAGAUGAGCCAGGAACAGGAGAAAAGGUCCAGCUCAAUGAGAAAGGAAGCCAGAGAUCAUGAUCACAUGGACAAAGGAAGAACUUUGGAAAAUCUAAACGUGCAAGUGGAAAAUCUUCAGUCAACAUCGGAUGCCAGCGGCACUCAUCACAAAUGUUCUGGGUUGAAUUUGGACAUUCAAGAAGACCCCCGGCGGCAACACAGUUCAUUUGCAGAUGAUCUUGUUCAGCCUCAAAAUAGUGAAUUACCCUGGGAAAUGAGCCUGUCUCCACCGCUGCCUGACUCAAUGGACUUCAGUUUUGUAGCACCUCCGCCUACUGACUACAUCUCAGAGCCUCUUGAAGAAGUAAGUGAAUUCCAUCCAGCCAAGCCACUGACAGAAACAUUAUCCAGGGAUAAGCUGCCAGACACACAGGGGCAGGAACUUGUCAACGCUUCAUCUCCAUGGCUUCCUGUGCCGAAACCUGACCCGGCAUUUGAAAAGAGGAACCUCCAACAUGUUGAGCAGCCUGAGGAGUCUAAAGAGCUGUUUGAGGCCAGCAGAAACUCCCCACUAGAGAUGGCAGAGUGGAAAUCUGAAGAGCAGCUGGAGGCCGAGGGCACUAGCCUGUUGCUCGAGUCAAAGAAUUUUACUGACCCCUGCAUUGUUUCACUGGAUGAUGGUGAUCUAAUGCAGACAUCCAGUAACUCAGUCAUAGCUGAAGAGUAUGAAGAGAAAGAAAAAACAGUCCAGCGAGUCCUGGCCGAGCUGUCAGAGGAGUGGAAGACCUUAAAGACGAGUUCCUUCAGGAGCAGUAAAGGUCACCCAGAAAACAUCCAAGAUUUUCUUAGGACCAUCGAAAAAGAGAAGUUUCUCCUGAGAGAGUUACGAAAUAGGUUGCAGGAGCUUCCUGAGACUGACAGACAGACUGCACAUGUUCGAUUUGAAGAGCUGGAGCAGAGGUGGGAGCAGCUUGAGGCCAUUGCGGAGGGCACCAAUGAGCAGAUAUCCCUGGGAUCUCAGGAACUUUGCUGUGUUUUGGAGGAACGCCAGGACCUGCAGAGCUUUCAAGAGAGCCUACAGAACUCCUGCAGCCUUGCAAGCAGCUCCCCAGAUAAGUUGGAGAGUGGUACGACACUGCACACUGAUGUCUCAGCCACCGGUCAGAGACUUGAUCACUUGAAGAAGCAUUCUGAGGAGCUGCUGCACAGCUCGCUGAGAGAGGAAGACGGUCAGAAUUCCUUGAUGGAUUUACAGCAAAAGUUAGAGCUCCUACAGGAGAAGGUUCCUGUGAGCACUGGCAGAGCAGAAGGCCCUGCGACUGUUGAAAUGGCAGAGAAGUUGAAGAGAGACUUUGAAAGGCUGAAGGCACUGGACAGCAACCUCACAUGUGAAAGCAAAAUUGCUCUGUUUCCUGAAGAUCUCCGGAGCUCCAUAAAGCAGCUAUCUACCACACUGUCAGAGGUUGUUGCUAUGCAUCCUGACAUGGACACUGUGACCUUAAGGAUAAACGAAAUGGCAGCUACCAUGGGAGAGGCAGAAGUUAGCAGUUUGCUUUCCUUGUUGCAAACCAUUGUCACUUUGAUAAAGACAGUUGAAAUGAAGACAUCAGAGAAGUUGCAGAAGCAGCAGGGUGACUUAAAGGCCCGGGAGGAUCUCUUUGAAAGAAUUGAGUCUCUUGCCUUAUGGUUGCGUUUGCAUGGUGAAAAGAGUCUACCUGUUGAAGAAUUUAGUAGCGAAAGCAUGUCUUAUGAUUUUGAGGGCCAGGUCAAUGAGACCACCUGUAUCUUGCAAGAGGCAGAUGAAAAACAGAAGGUCAUGGCUUCUCUUUUAAGUGAGAGCCAGGAGAUCUCUGACAAGUUGAGUGUAACUGAGAACGACUACCUCAGUGAAAGAUUAAAGAGCCUCCAGAAAGGCAUUGGAAGUGUAACCCAAGGCCAGAAAAGAAGACUUCUGAAAAUUCAGGAGUUAAUGGAGGCACACCAGAGAAUGACCGCACAGCUCAAAGGCUUAGAAGAUGACAUUAGCAAGACUCAGCAUAUUGUAGAAGAAGAGGAAGCUACCUUGACUCAACAGACUCUCUCACUCAGUCGUUCUUUGCCAUUGAAGGUAUCAGAACUGAGAUCCCAGCUUGAACAGUUAAAGUUGAGCCAUUUUGAGCAGCCUGUAAAGGUCAGCCAAGUCCAGUCUAAGCUAGAAGACUUGGAGGCAAAACUGGAGAAGUUACUUGGGCAGGUGACAAAGUAUGAAAAUUUUGAAGCCUCCCUGCUGAAUUUAUUAGUUCUUCAGGGUAGUGUGGAAGAGCAGAUGUUGCUUCUGAAAGAAGAAGGCUGUGAUCCAGUAAGCAGGCUGGCCGAGUUCCAGCGUGUCCUCCAAGACAGCACUCGCUGCAGGGCUCUCUGUGAGCAAGCCAAUGAGAAUUUCAAGAUGAUCUCUUCAAUGCUGGACCUAUCCUUAAAGAAGACCACUGAAAUGAAACUUGAGACUUUGAUGAACGACUGUAAUAGAUGCGUACAAGUCCUUCAGGAGGAGUCCGCCGAGCUUGAAGAACAGCUAUCAACCCCACUCGAGGUGCCAAAAGUGCAGGAAGCGGCACAGGACUUCUUGAGGCAAAAGAAACUGGAAAUGCAGCAGCCUUUGUGUGUAUCACUAGACCCCUCUGUGAUCGAACAGCAACUUCACAAGUGUGAAGCUCUACAGAGUCAACUUGACAGUCUGGGGUACGUCGCCAGAGCCCAGAGCAUCAAGAAGCGCAGGCCUGAAGUUGACUCAUCCCCAGAUGAAAAUGUCUUUGAGCUGGAAGAAUUGGAAGAAGAAAUUAGGGAAGACUGCCUCUUACGCAUGGAAAUGCUCAUGAAAGCCCAGGAAAUGGUCAGGCGCUAUGAUGCUGCUGUCAAGGAAGCAUUUGUCUUGCUGGAUGAGACUGAAGCCAAACUGCUGUCUUCCCCUGUUCAUCCCGGCAACUGUGAACAGCUCCUCCAACAAAUCGAGGACGAUCUUGUGGCAAGUGAAGAUGACUUUGAGCACCGUAUUGAUGACAUCCAGAACUUCUCCUCUUUGCUACAAUCCUUGCCAAACGCAGACCCAAAGGUGCAGCAUGCCAAAGUGCUCAGUGACCUGUUAACAAGAAAAGUGGUGUUAGGAGGGCAACUCGAGAUCCGACGGCAGCUUCUUCAAAGGUGUGCAGAAGAAUACCAGCAGUACAAACAUGGAGAAGACAAGCUGUCUGCCCAGCUUCAUGAAGCACAGAGCCUUCUGGCAGGUGCCUUGUCUGCACAAGCAGAGUCCUAUCAGGAGUGCCUCCAAUGCCUGGAUAAAUUAAAGUCUGUGUCAGACAGUGUGGACCAAGCUGAAGAUGGUUUGGUGUGCCUCAAAGAGUUGGCCCAGGGGCUGCAGAAGGAAUGGAGUGUCUCUGAAUGUUUACAGGGGUUGGGCACUCUUUCAUGUUUGCACAUCCAGCUGAGUCAGACUGUGAGGGAACAGCUGGCCCUCUGCGAAGAGCAAACUGAAGCCUGGAAAGCCGUGAACGAGAAGGUUGAAAAAGCCUCUGUGCUGUUGGACACAUUGCAACAUGACCUUCCAGGGACUCCAACAGGAGAAACCACAACAGCCGGUCUCUUAGACCUACUCACAUACCUGAAUGAGUAUGACAGCCAGCUCAGCAGCGGACAGGCUGCCCUGUCUACACUUAUAUGGCAGGUGAAGGGGAUUGUUGGAAUCUCUGAGAACUGCGCAGAGUUGCCAUCUAGUUGCCUCUUCAAGGAGCUGCAAGAAAUGCAAGAUCGCUAUACCAAUUUGAAGCAGAAAGUGGCAAAUGCCCGGCAGGUGCUGCAGACAGACAUGCAGGAGCGGGAUGCUGUGAAAGCCAAGAUAGAGGGAGUCCGAGAGUGGCUUGUGACAUGCUCGUCCUUGCUGUCGAAGAUGAAGCCUACACCAAGAGCCACUCAGUUAAGGGAGAUCCAAGAGGAGGUGGACAACCAGAAGGGACUUAUUAAGAAGCUCAUGGAGCAGCUCCGCAUCAAGUACUCGGACAUGUACACCAUUGUUCCUGUUGAGAUAGAGACACAGCUCCAGGACGUCAGUAGGACCCUGAAGGAAGUACAGAAAGAGGUGGACAGAGCAACAGAGCAAAGCAGCUCCACUCAUGUACUGCAAUGCAAGAUUGAUGAAAUAUCAAGCGGCCUUCAGAGAGUACAGGAGGUACUGGGGCAGAAGAGCAAAACCAUCGAUGAGGCCAAGGAUGCACAGAAGUAUUUGUGGGACGACAUGGACAUGUGGCACUCCAAGCUGACUACUGUAGAGGCAGAGCUACAGGACUUGGCUGAAGAGAGUCCAGACCAGGCACAGCCAUUAAUGGACAGUUUAAUGGAGCCAUUGAAGCUGUAUCAGGAGUUGGCCAAGCAGUCAGAGCAAAAAACAUCUGUCUUAACCAAGAUCACAGUCCUGCUCCAAGAUUAUGCUGAAAUGAUCAACAGCAACAAUGCAUGGCUUGCGGAAACGUCAGGCUGGCUGUCUACUGCCAUCACAAUUGACUCUGUCAAAUCCCUGAAUAAAGUUCUUCAUAUGUUUCAGGUCAAGUUGGAUGAUUCGGUUCAGAGACAGAAGGCAGUGCGUGGCUUUUCACCCUUUCUUCGAGAAAUCUCACUGGUCUUUGACACUACAGAUAUUGAGAAGCAGCUGGGGAGAACUGAACAGAACAUAUCGGCUCAGCAGCAGGCACUCAUGGAUAAUCUCAACCAGUUACAGCAACUGGCCGCAGAAGUGCAAAGUGUUGAGACUGAACUGAGUCGGAUAGAAAUCAACAUUGAAAAGAUUCGCAUUAUCUUAUCAUCAGGCAACAUGCGUGAGACCUUCCCAGAGGAGCAUUUGAGGAACCGGCAGGUCAUUCUAGAGAAUAUCCAGUCUAUGAGGGGAACCAUAGCGGCCAUUCAGAGCUUCCAGCCCAGUUUGCCUUUGCUUGAAGACAUGGUCUCUUCCCUGCACCUUGUUGAGAAGGCUGAGCAGCUCCUGCAGCCCUUGGAGGACCUGGAGCAGGUCACUUUUCAGCAGAAUGCACUGCUUGAGACUGCGUUACAGGCAUUACAGCAGAAACAGCAGAAGGAUGGGACAGGCCAACACAUGUCGGAAGACUCCAGUGAUGGACUUCACACCCAAGAGGGUAGUGGUUAUCAAGAGAUAUCCAUGGGAGGCCUCGAUGCCAAUGAAGAUGACUUCCUCACAAGCCUAGGGGAGUCUCUGGUGGCUUUGGUGGCACAAACGCACAACAUACCUGGCCAACUGGAGGGUGGGUCACAAGAAGAUAAAGAACCAGCAGUUGGAUUAAGCAAGAGUCAAUAUUACCAGUUCCCAGCGAAAGGUGACUAUGAAGAUGACCCCGACGAUGGAGGCAGCAGCAAGUCCUCUUCAUCUGAAACUCUGACUGGCAGCAUCCAGGAGGAAGGUGAGGAAAUGGCUGAGGAGCGAGCUGUGCCAUGGCAAGCCCAGUCUGAUGAGGUCUUCGAGGUGCAGGCUGUUCCGAGGCACAUGAAGCUCGGCCCUGAAGAACUCCAGACAGAGGCCCAAAACCCAGAACCUUUAGCGGAUGGGCCGUUGCCCCAACACAUCCUCCAUGCCUGCUGGGAGCAGGCAGAACAGCUCGAAGUUUGGCUGGAGAGCGCGGCCCGGACUCUGCAGGCAACUAUGCACAACCCAGCCAUGCAGCAGAGCGUGGAACAGCAGCUCCUCACAUGUCAGAAGAUGUUCCAGGAGAUUGAGCGAAAGGUUGUGUCGCUGUCUGAUGUGAGCCAACGGGAUGAGCAGACAGAUGGCGCUCAUGAGGAGGCAGAGGCAUUGUCUGCUAAGCUGGAGCUGCUCAGGUCCAGUCUGCUGAGUUUCCAGGUGCUGUUGCAGGACCAGCGAGUUGAAGAGCAGGACUUCAAGCAUUCCAGCACUCGGGUCCCAUCAGACAACAAGUUACAGCGCCAACCAAGUGUACAGGAGAUGCUGGCUUCAGCCAAGACCACUCUAAGGCGGCAGGAUAGUCUUCAACAACAAAAGGAGCUGGAGAUGGAGCUGACCGAACAAAAGACCCUGACAAAAUACCUGGCUGAACAAGGGGAGAAGGCGAGCCUGCAAAGCACUCAAAUGGAGGACCCAGCUAGGCCAAGACUUCCAUCGAGAGGUGCUGAGCACAUCUUUGCUGAACUGUCAGAAUCCCCCAGAGUGGAACGGGAAGCAGCACUCACCACUCAGGAACAGACCUCGGCCAAAUGGAAGCUUCUGCAGAGUAAGCUGUCCUCAAAGCUCAAGACACUGGAGGAGACCUUGCAAGCAGAUCUGAUGUCACAGGUGCUGAUCACAGUUAGCAGCUCCCCCAUUUCUGACCGGUUUUCCAUCUGCAGCAGUGGCCCAUGCAGCUUUGAUUUACAGACACACGUCUCUGAGCUGAGAGGCGCCAGUCAGGAUGUCACGUUCACCCUCUCACAGGCAAGCCCUCCGACAGAAGACAUCACCAGACUGGAACAGAAGCUGCACCAUGUCUUAGGAGGGGUCCAUCUGAGCCUAGGCCGCCCUGAAGACAUGCUAUGGUGGACCUCAGAGUUGUCUAGAGGGGCUGCAGAACAACAUCUGAGGGAACUAGAGAAGUUCUCUUCAGAUCUAAGUGAAAUGCACCAGGAACUCGACAACUUGAGGGAUCCUGUUGUAAAGUGUGAGGGGCUAAUGAAGGAACUGGGCCCCCUCAUCUCGGACUGUGUGGCUUCCUUGCAGAUGUGCACCAGUCUGCUGCGUUCUGCCGUGUCCUCCAGAAACAUGCUGCUACAGGAACGUCUCCAGCAGAUGUCAGAGCACCAGAGUGAGAUAAGCCAAGUGCAUGCUUCCUUGUUUGAUUGCAAGUCGCUUGUACAACACAAACUAAAUGAAGUCUGUGAGCAAGGCCUUGCUGAACAACUCGAGGCAGUUGAGCACUUGCAGUCUGCAUUAGAACAGCAGGAGAGGCAGGUGAUGGCCUUGCUAGAGAAUGGAGAGAGUCAGCUUCUGCCUGUGUCUGCCAUGCAUGAGAUCUACAAACUGGAGGAUGCAUUGGACCAUACGUGUAUCACUUUGAGAGCGAAGAAGGGAGAACUGAAAGAGAGCCUUGCUGUGGAGAACCAGUAUGAGAGGCUGUUAAACGGUCUGGCUGACUUAGUAGAAGUGGGCCGUGCCAAGCUGGUGCCCAGUCAGCGGUUAACAGUGCCAAGUCAGGCUGCAUUGAAGACCCAUUUGAAAAAACACAAGAGCUUCUUCUGUAGUCUCAGUCACCGCCUUAGUACACUGGAAAACUUCACGCACAAAGUGUCUCCACGCUUGGCCAUGAAGUAUGGAAAGUCCUGGACGGAUCUGGCACAAAAUGCUGCCACUCUCCUGGAGCAGUCGCAUCAGCAUGGGAUCCAACUGCAAGGCGCACUACAAGCCUGGAAGCUCUUUGACAAAAAUUAUGGAGUGAUCUUGAAGCAUCUGCUAGAUCUGGAGGUCAGGAUCCCAUCUGUAGGCCUGGUGGAAGAAUCGGAUGAAAAACUGAAGGAGAGACUCGCCAUUUAUCAGCAAAUUGAAACCGACCUGGAAGAGAAUUCCUGUGGAUUUCAGCAGACUCUUGCUAAAGGGAGGAAAUUACUGUCUGCUGUGGACUGCUUUGACCUGGAGGCCCAAAUCAAGGAGCUGGAGGACAGAUGGGUGGUGGUGACAAGCAGGACGGGCGAUGAACAGCGGCGCUUAGAAAUGCUUAUGAAGCUGUGGGCGAGUUUCCGUGCAGAUUCUGUCCUGUUGAACCACUGGAUGAUGUCUUCGAUGGAGCGAAUCCGGAGCUGGAAACAACAAUCUCUGAGUGUCCCCCAGGAGCUACAUGCAGCCAGGGAGCACCUCACCCAGUUUCUUGAGUUUAUGAAGGAGACGGAUGCCCAGUCAGCACUGAAAACCUCCGUGAUCUGCUCUGGAAGCCUUCUGCUACAGUUAAAAGACACUGACUCGGCCAGCCUCCAGACCCAGAUGGCCCAGUUUGAACAGGCUUGGGCGGAAUUGCUUUCUCAUCUUCCAGAAAUCCAGGAUAAGCUGCACCAGCAGCAAAUAGAAAAAAUAUCGUCCUGUCAAGGCAUUGGCGAGCUAGACACCUGGAUAGACCACACUAGUGAGCAUCUGGCAGAAGAUAAACGGACAUUGACAUCGUUGUCUGGAGCUGCUGCUAUAAAGGAGCGUCUGCUCAAAUACAAGGAAUACAAGGUGGACAUGAACUGCCUCCAGCUGACAGUAGAUUUUGUCAACCAGUCGGUGCUCCAGAUCAGCAGCCCCGACAUCUGCAAUCGUCGCUAUGAGAGAACAGACUUUGCGGAACUUCUGGGAGCCACAAACUUGCGGUGGCAGACUCUUCAAGGGUCUUUGAACACUCAGAUUCGUUGCCUGGAAGACAUGCUGGAGACGUGCAGAGAAAAUGAACGGAAGACCCAGCUCCUUAGCAGCUGGUGCGAGUCACAGAGGACCAGGCUGGCCCAGCUUGAGAAGCUGUCUAGUCAGAAUGCCGUGGCAAAUGCAUUGAAGGAGUGCCAGGGCAUCGAAGAAAAGCUGAAGAUCCGCUCUGCAAAAUUUGAAGAGGACAGGCAGAAAUGCCAGGCUGAUCAGGACAGUGCCCACAUGUAUGCAGACUUCAGAGCUCAAGCGGAGGACACGGCUCUCGCCUUGAGUGCUUUGAGCCACCAGAUUAUCCAGAUUAAGACUUCACUGCAGUCAGCUGCACAGAUGUGGGACGCAUUUGACAAGAUGUAUGACACUGUUGAGCAGGACAUCAUUCGGGUGCGCUACGUUCUAGAUUACAUUCCAUCUGACUUUGUCUCUGGAACAGCUUUGCAACAAACUGCGGAGAGGUUAAAGUCCCUGCAGGCCGAGGCCGAGAAGAGCGAGGAAUCCUGGAGCCAUCUGAGCGAGCAGUUUACCCGCUUGAGCAUCCACUGCAGACCUUCAGCAGUUGCCCUUCUCAGUGAAAACCUCCAGGUGGCACGCAGACGAUGGGCAGCAGUCAAUGAUGACCUUGUGGACCGGAUGUUCAGAACUCAGGAGUCGCUGCGGCUCAGGCAGAAGUGCGAGGAGUUGUGUGCAGAGCACAAGGCCCAACUCGGCAGGCUUGAGGACGACUGCCAGAAGGUGCUGACUUUUGAGGCUGGCCAGGACAGCACCAUGUUGGACCUUCAAGGCAAAGUUGAGGCCGUAAAGGACCUCCUCAGCCGAACAGAAGAUACGAAGAACAAUAUGGCUGGCAAGCUAAAGCUGUCGCAAGACGUUACAAGACAAAGAGAAUCUUCUGAAGCUGACACCUUUAUUAAAUCUGAGAGUGCAAAUCUCUCUAAGCGUGUCGCGCUGCUGCACAAGUCCCUACAAAAGAAGCUGUCUGAGCUGCAGGGAGAGAUUGACCAGAUUGAACAGUUUGGCACCUUCUUAGCUUCUUUGGAGAAUCGCUUGAAAGAGACCGAAGGCAUGAUGAAGAGUGUUGAAGGACCAUGCAGUCUGAAUGAAGCCAAGGCUCACUUGCGGAGACUGAACUCUUUGUCCCCUGAACUGGAGAGUCUAAAUGAGCUCAUUUACAAGACUCCUGUGAAAGACGCACAGAUCAAGGCCGUGCAGACAUUGAACAGGCAGUGGCUACAGAUCUGCUCUCAGGCAGUGCAAAGCUGCAGUGAGUUACAAGAGAACGAGCUCCAGAAACAGACAUUUGUGCAGAAGUGUGAAGACUGGAUGAAGUUCUUGAAAAUGACUGAGGACUGUUUAGCAGUAGAUGUGGCCGGCAGCUAUGAGGGUCUGAGGGAUCAGCAGAAGAUUCAUGAGUGUUUUCAAGCAGAGGCCUCUUUAGGUCAACAGAUUCUGCACUCAGUUAUUACUGAAGCCUCACGACUGCUGGAACAUGGAGAGGUGGACAACAGCAAUGAAUUUCUUCUCAAGCUGUCCAUGCUGAAGGAUCGCUGGCGUGGGGUGAUUCUCAGAGUUCACCAAAGGAAGGGCAUUGUGGAUGGUUUGGUCAGACAGUGGCACCACUACCAGGACACGGUGAAACGACUCAAGAACUUCCUCACUGACACGAGAGAACUGAUUGCAGCUACGUCUAGUGGGACAGAGGCCUGGGCUAUGAAAGAGGCACUUCAGACUUUGGAAGAUAUAAAGCACACACAAGUUCUGUUUCACCGCUGGAGUAGUGGUUACCAAAUGGCUAUGGAGACGGGAAGGCACCUGUUUUCUAUGGCAGACAUCCCCACAGAAAGAUUGCUACAAGAGGAGCUCUGUGAGCUACAGGACAGCUGGGAACAAGUAGAGUCACUGACAGCAGACCAGAAGAGACGUAUUCUGUCCGCAGUUGAGAGCUGGAAGAGAUGUGAAAAUAAAAUAACUGAAAGUGGUUGUCAACUCCAGAAUGCCAAGAUGGAAAUGAUGGGUCAGUCCCGUGAAGUCCAGACAGAUCUUCAGAAAAUGGAACAUUUCCUUGAGGAGGCCUGGGAACUGGACGCGAUGAAGAGCAUGCUGCCCCGCUUCAUCAUCGCGGAGGACACUUUGGUGCUGGACGAGCAGAUCGAGGGUUUGCACACGCUGUGGGAGGACCUGUGUUACAAAGUAUCCUUGCGGAAGCAGGAAAUUACAGACAGACUGAAUGCCUGGAUCAUUUUCAAUGAGAAGAGUAAAGAGCUUUGUGAUUGGAUGGCACAGAUGGAGAACAAAGUUUCACAGAAUUCCGAGCUCAGCAUUGAGGAGAUGGUCGAAAAGCUGAAGAAGGACUGCAUGGAGGAAAUUAAUCUUUUCAGUGAGAACAAGACCCACCUAAAGCAGCUCGGCGAGCAGUUGAUCAAGGCCAGCGAUAAAACAAAGGAGGUGGAGAUCAACGAGAAACUCAAGGAUCUCAACGACCGCUGGCAGCAUCUGUUUGACCACAUUGAUGCAAGGGUGAAGAAGCUGAAGGAGACACUGCAGACUGUUCAUCAGCUAGAUAAAAACAUGAGCAACCUGCGGACCUGGCUAUCCCGCAUAGAGUCAGAGCUUUCCAAGCCUGUCAUCUAUGACAUCUGUGACAAUGACGAAAUCCAGAGGAAGCUGGCCGAGCAGCAGGAUCUUCAGCGAGACAUCGAGCAGCACAGUGACGGUGUAGCAUCGGUGCUGAACCUCUGUGAUGUCAUCCUGCACGACUCGGAUGCUUGUACCACUGAAACAGAGUGCGACUCCAUCCAGCAGACAACGAGAAGCCUGGAUCGCCGAUGGAGGAAUAUCUGCGCCUUGUCCAUGGAGAGAAGGCUCAAGAUUGAGGAAACCUGGCGACUUUGGUGUAAGUUCCUGGAAGACUACUCUCGCUUCGAGGACUGGCUGAAGACAGCUGAGCGCACAGCUGCUGCUCCCAAUUCGUCGGAGGUCUUGUAUACUAAUGCCAAAGAAGAGCUGAAGAAAUUUGAGGCGUUCCAGAGGCAGGUUCACGAGAGGCUGACCCAGUUGGAACUGGUCAAUAAGCAGUACCGCAGGCUUGCCCGCGAGAACCGCACCGACUCAGCCAGCAAACUGAAACUGAUGGUGCAUGAAGGAAAUCAAAGGUGGGAUAACUUGCAGAAGAGAGUGGCCGCCAUCCUGCGAAGGCUGAAGCAUUUCACGUCUCAACGGGAAGAGUUUGAAGGCACGAGAGAUAACAUUCUUGUGUGGCUCACAGAGAUGGACCUGCAGCUGACCAAUGUGGAGCACUUCUCUGAGAGCGACAUUGAAGAUAAGAUGCGGCAACUUAAUGGUUUCCAGCAGGAGAUCACGCUGAACACAAACAAGAUCGACCAGCUGAUUGUCUUUGGGGAGAACUUGAUUCAGAAGUGCGAGCCCCUGGAUGCUGUCCUGAUUGAAGAUGAGCUUGAGGAGCUUCAUAGUUAUUGCCAGGAGGUGUUUGGAAGGGUGGCUCGUUUCCAUCAUAGACUCAUCAACAAGGGUUCUGUCAUGGAGGACAAAGAGCUAUCUGACAGAGAAACAGACCUGGAGGAUUCAGGGGACAUGGCCACUCUGGGCUGGCAGGAGAAGAUGGGAGCUGAAGUGUCACCGGGCAGGCAGUCAUUGUGCCACCUGAUGCCUCCACCUAUGGGUCAUGAGAGGUCAGGCCGAGAGACGCCUGUCAGCAUAGAUUCCAUCCCGUUGGAAUGGGACCACACUGUAGAUGUGGGAGGAUCCUCGUCUCAUGAAGAUGAGGAAGAUGCACCAUACUAUAGUGCGUUGUCAGAUGUACAAAUCACAGAAAACCCCGAGUCCUUUGUUAAAGUGACUGCCCAAACUCUGAGCGCCACCUCUGGAUCAGAGCCUCCCAGUUGGCAUUCUCCGCAGCAUCAGAAUGGUCGGAAACGUCCGCUUCACCAAGACUUUGAAGGCCUCCCAUCCAGCCUUCCAGACACAAGCACACCAUUCAAACCUGGCUAUGCCAAGCUGAUGUCUGAAUGCAGUGACACCAUCGACACCGUCAAAAGAGUUAAGCUAAUCCUCAACGAUGAGCCCCAGACAGACGAACAGGGGCUUGUUGGACUCCGAGCUGCUGACAAACAAACAGGAGUCAUAGAACGCUGGGAACUGAUUCAAGCCCAACAGCUCAGCAAUGAGCUAAGAAUGAAGCAAGAUCUUCAGCAGGAGCAGCAAGUAAAUUGUGACCUGGAAGAAAUCUCUUCUUGGCUGUCCCAGGUCGGCCUAGAGCUGGACCAGCUGCAAAAGCUAGAUUCACUCAGAUGCAUUGAAGACACUGAGGUCAAUGUCAAUAAACUCAAGGACAUUCAGAAGGCCUACGACAACUAUAAGGCAUUUCUAAUCUCCAUUAACCUGAACAAGGACAACAGUGCCAGGGUGCAAGAACAGCUGAAGUCUGUAAACCAGACGUGGAAACAGGUGACUCAAAAGCUGGAGAACUGGAAGGACGGACUGCAGGUGGCGCUCAUGCAGUGCCAGGAUUUCCAUGAAACGACGCACAAUCUGCUACUCUGGCUUGCUCAUGCUGAGAGUAGAAGGUUCACUGUGGACCUCAGUGAGCCUAACAUUGAAUCCUCCAUCCUCCUGAAACAUCAGACAACAUUAAAGCAACUGGAAAGUGAACUUCUGGAGAAGCAGUUGAAUGUGAACUCUCUGCAGGAUAUCUCCAGCCACCUCCUAGAGAAAGCCAACGAGGAGGACUACACUGAAGCCAAGGAGAAGGUCCACGUCAUUGCCACCAAGCUGAAAAUGCUGCUGCGGGAGGUUUCCCAGGAUCUCGAGACUGUUCAGGAGAAACUGGAUAAAUGUUCUUCUUCUGUAUGUCUUGAUGAAACAGACCAAUGUGGUGUAUCUCAAGCCAAGGAGGCCAGCGUGGAAUCAAGCCGUCCUGCCACAACUGCAACUGGAAUCAGGGCCGAGAUGCACGAUUCUCCACCCAGGCGCUCCUUCUUCUACCGUGUCUUCCGUGCCGCUUUCCCUCUUCAGCUCCUUUUUUUGCUGCUGCUGAUACUCACCUGCCUGGUGCCACUUUCAGAAGAGGACUAUAGCUGCAGCAUGUCUAAUAACUUUGCACGGUCUUUCUACCCCAUGCUCAGAUACACCAAUGGACCCCCACCCACGUGAACAACCUGGCAUGGGCUACAGAAAGCAGAUCCAGUGGAGAUGCCUUGAUGCACUAUAACUAGGAAUUGUACAACUUGAUAAAAAAAGGCCAUGAACGGACCAUCGCUGGCAACUGGGGACUGGCACCUCAUGUUGUGGGUGCCACCCGGCAUUGUACAUACUGUGAUUUAAGAGCGGGUGUGUGCGAUCCGCAGUGAGGAGGGUAUUUCAUAGCUUUCAUGGUGAGGGUAGGGGAGGAGCGGGGACAGCUGCUGAUUUCUUCAUUUAAGCUACAUCAAAGAAAAAAACUUUAUUUUCAUAUACCAUUAUUUCAGUAGAAAAUACAGAAAAUCAGACAAAGCGUAUGUCGAGAAUUGCUUUUUUAAAGAACAAAAGAGUUUAAAUACAUUAAAUAUAGUACCGUUUGGAAUAAAAAGACUCUCUAGUCUCAGGAUUUUUAAAAACUUCUUGAUCAAGUGGGACACGUAAUUUUCAGGGUUUGUAAUUCUUUCUAAUCAUUGGCUUCUUUUUAUAUUAUAAUAAGAAGAGAUAAUUGUGUGUGGGCAUAGAUGCCCAGUCCUACUGAGUGGUCAUUUCUGUUGCGCUCUUUGAGGGUCUGGGUGUGAGACGCCAUGUCUGUAAAGCCCAGGCGGCACUGCGCUCACAUAAGCCAUGUGCUGCAUUUGACUUCUGGCCUCCAUUUAAUUGUAAAAUAUGUGUAAAAAGUGCACUGCCCUGCACAGUGCUGUGGGGAGGGGAUGUUUCUCUUUAAAUUAUUUUAAUAUUCUAGAUUAAUUUUAAAUCGCAUAUGACUGCAAUGUAUGCAAUACAUGGGUACAUAUAGAACAAAUUGGAUUGUACAGUAUUUGAUUAUAUUUUACAAACACUAUUUAUGGGAUGUACAGUGUAAACGUUUUUACUUGUUAAUAAACCAAAAAAAAAUCUUA